CCAGAGAUAGUAACAGUACACACCAUUAUGUUUAUCUUCUCUUAUUGCUUAUUGCUCUUAUUGACGAAAGGUGACACUCCCACUUAUAAUACCGGAACUGUCCAAUUAAUUAUUGCUCUAUCUUGGUUAGUAUGGUAAAAUAUGUCUAGUGCUGUGAGGUAGAGGAGUAUGAUGCUGCACCACUCAACGUGACGACGUAGUCUACUACACAACACAUCACGGGGAACUUCAGGAACAGGAACUGGUGUGAUGACGUUGAAUGUUGAUAGAGACGAUGGCGUCAAUGGAUCAGUCUCUCCUGGAUCUAACUGAUAAAGAAACCCGUGAAAAACUGUCAUUGUGGGACCGACGGAUUGAUCCAAUGGCACCGCUAACAGAAAAACAAACAGACUCAAUUCUGGAGAUUCGUACUGCAGCGGAAACACUUCCCAUUCCAUCUGAGUUGCCUAUUGAGGACCUUUGCAGCCUGACAUCUCGUUCUUUACGUACCACCUUCACGACAACAGUACCAGCAUCUACUGAAGAUGUGCUGUUGAAGGGCUUCCAAGCCCUGGACCUAGAGAAUGAACGAAUAGAGACAGCGCAACAGUUUUUUUCAUGGUUCUCCAAGUUACAAGUUCACAUGGAUCAGGAUGAAGGAGCUAAAUACAGAAAAACACGAGACUCUCUGAACGGCUAUCAGGAACAAUGUGACUCCAUUUUGAGUGAUGUGAAUGAGGCCCUGCAGCACCUGGACUCGCUGCAAAAGCAGUAUCUGUUUGUGUCCACCAAGACAGGCACUCUACAUGAGGCCUGUGAGCAGCUACUGAAAGAGCAGUCUGAGCUUGUUGACUUGGCAGAGACCAUUCAGCAAAAGCUGUCAUAUUUCAAUGAGUUGGAAAACAUAAAUACGAAACUAAAUUCCCCUACCCUCUCUGUGAACAGUGAAGAAUUUAUUCCAGUGCUUUCAAAGCUGGAUGACUGUAUCGAAUAUGUCUCUUCAAAUCCAAAUUUCAAGGACUAUCCAGUGUAUCUCACCAAGUUCAAACAAUGUCUCUCAAGAGCCAUGCAUCUCAUGAAGACCCAUACUGUGAACACAAUGCAGAACCUUACCAGUCAGCUUACAAAAAGGGAUCCAUUGGGAACAGCCAAUGCAGAUAAUGCCUUUACACUGUACUAUGUGAAGUUCAGAGCUGCUGCUCCUAAAGUCAGGACAUUAAUAGAACAAGUAGAACAACGGUCGGAGAGAAUUGUAGAAUACCAUCAGCUGCUAGAUGAUAUCCACCAGUGUUACCUUGACCAGAGAGAGGCCCUGCUGAGUCCCAGCAUCACCUCCACCAUCAGUGACCUGACCGGCCAGAACAACAAGGACCACUGUGCCCUGGUGCGCAGUGGCUGUGCCUUCAUGGUUCAUGUGUGUCAGGAUGAGCACCAGCUUUAUAAUGAGUUUUUCUCCAAACCUACGUUGAAAUUAGACGAGCUGCUGGAGAACCUGUGUCUGUCCCUAUAUUACGUGCUGCGGCCGCUCAUCAUCCACGUCAUCCACCUGGAGACGCUCUCGGAGCUCUGUGGCAUCCUGAAGAACGAGAUGCUGGAGGACCACGUCCACAACAAUGCGGGGCAGCUGGGGGCCUUUGAAGCGGUGGUGAAGCAGAUGCUGGAGGACGUUCAGGAGAGGCUGGUCUACAGGACUCACAUCUACAUCCAGACGGACAUCAUCGGCUACAACCCCGCGCCCGGAGACCUGGCCUACCCCGAGAAACUGGAGAUGAUGGAGAAAAUCGCCCAGAGCCUGAAGGAGGAGCAGCAGCGCGCGAUGUCAGCCGAUUCCUCAUUCUCCGACGUGCAGCUCGAAGAUCCCGAGGCCAAGAGGGUCAUUAGCUCUGGAGCAGUAGAGGGCUCGCGGCUGCAGACUUCUAUCUCCCCGGCGGACCUGCACGGCAUGUGGUACCCCACCGUCAGACGCACUCUGGUCUGCCUGUCCAAGCUCUACCGCUGCAUAGAUAGAGCCGUCUUUCAGGGCUUAUCUCAGGAAGCCUUAUCUGCCUGCAUCCAGUCUCUCCUCAAAGCCUCUGAUGUCAUCCUCAAGAACAAGACGCAGGUAGACGGACAGCUGUUCCUGAUCAAACACCUGCUAAUCAUGCGCGAGCAGAUCGCCCCCUUCCACACCGACUUCGCCAUUAAAGAGAUUUCACUGGACCUGAAGAAGACCAGAGAUGCUGCAUUUAAAAACCUGAACCUCAAGGCUGUUCCUAAGUUCUUCAGAUUCAACAGCCACAAUGCCAUCCUGGAAUUUCUGUUGGAGGGCACCCCCGAAAUAAAGGAGCACUACAUCGACUCGAAGAAAGACGUGGACCGGCACCUGAAGUACAGCUGCGAGCAGUUCAUUCAGCAGCAGACUAGCAUCUUUGUGGGGAAUCUGGAGGAGUUCCUCACCAAGGUGUCGGCUCUGAAAACAAUGGCCGUCCAGGGAGGGCCCACGUACAACCUAUCCCAGCAGCCCUGGGCUCAGCCGGCCAAGAUCCAUGACCUUGUGAUGGAUACGUACCGGGUUCUAAAGAGCAAGUUGCCUGGCACGCUGCAGAGCAUGUCUUUGUACUUGGCCAACAGAGACACGGAGUUCAUCCUCUUCAAGCCUGUCAGGAAUAACAUUCAGCAGGUGUUCCAGAGACUGCACGCCUUGCUGCAGGAGGAAUACAGCGGAGAGGACCUCCAGAUCAUCGCCUGCCCCUCGAUGGAGCAGAUCAACCUGCAGCUGUCUGUAAAUAAGUAGUGCCCAGGUGCGGUCGGCGAACGAGCCUGGCUGAGUGGAGUUCCCAUGAGGCAGCACUGCGAUGGCGGCUUUAGCCACACCAUACCACCCCCACUCCCCAGCGCCCCUCCCUCCUCCUCCUCCUCCCCCCCAUCCCCCUGCCCCACAGCAGGAGCCCCUCCAGCAGUGUGAAGCAGAAGCGGCAGCAGUGGCGUGCCGAGCCAGUGGGAUGGGUUCCAGGAGGCUGCGGCGGUCCUGUGGUGAGAGGGGAGUCUGGGGAAAGGAGUUGGCGUUACUGAGCUCGGCUUGCCAAAGAUGAUGCAAGAGCUGACAAACAUGCGACUCCCAAACAGCACUUCUGUCUGGAAAUCAGAGAUGGUCGGGAUUUGAUUUGUCUUUUUUUUUAACACAGAUACAGGAGUGAGUAUUGGAUUUUUAACAAGGUAGUAGAGUUUUAAUCGGUGAUGGCAGAGGUUUUCUUCUUUUUGGUCUUGGGGGCACGUUUGCGGUAUGGUUUUGGUUACGAUGCUCAGAGUACACUGACUAUGGAAAUGAUCACCAACAUAUCUUGUGGAUAAAUCUGGAGGUCUUGCUGUAGGCCUUGGUAGCCCAAUCUGCAUGAACUCUUCUUGUUAGGGCUGUCUCCUUUAUAAGGAUGAGUAUAGGACACUGCUCAGGCUUUAAAUGUGCGGGGGACUUGGACUGUGCUUGGUGGGUAAUGGAAUCAAAACAGAAUCACGCAGGAUGAAGAUAGCUUCAGGCGAGAGGCACCUGCAAUUAGGAAGGCCAGGCCUCCAAGUACCCAUUAAGCCAUCAAUCUGUUGCUUUGUUAGCAAGUCACAAGCAUUCAGCCUUUAGAAGUCUCUUUAAUUAGAAAACUUUCAGAGGGAGUUUCAUCACCUCUCCUGGGAAUCUGGCAAAGGGAUUACAUUUAAGACCUGACUCAUGGACCUUAGUAGACAGAAAUGCCAAAUCAGAUGGGUAGUGAUAUAUUACUGAGGUACUGAUAUAGAUGUCCCACUAACAGAUUACGCGUUGAAAAUACAUAUACACAUUAAAAUAAUUUAUGUUAUAUUUGUGUUUGUUUAUUUGUUUGUCUCCAAAGCAAUAUUACACAACCAUGUUAGUUUAUAACAUAUGAAGUAAGAAGCUUAUUUGCAUCAUCCCCACUGCAAAGUGUACGUUUUAAAUACGGGAAUUAGUUUUGAAGCGGAAUGUGGGACUUUUAGAUUAUGAAAAAUAUCACUGCACUCCUUCCAUUCCAUCUUCCUGACAGUAGACACCUUAGCUACAAGCCGAAACCUUUUUUGUAAAACUUGCUGACAGAGUUUUUGUCUAUUGUUCCCAUAAUUUCACAAAACAUCUCCCAUCCAGUUCUCAGGAGAACAUGCUCCCCAUUUCCUAGGAAGUCAGCAUCAAUGUUAAUGUAUUUCCACCUGUCCUCGCUGUCAGUCAUGUGUAUUCAGGCAAAAUAUGUCAAUUGGGAAAGAUCUUGUGUUUUUGUACCAUUUUCUUUUUGUAAGACACUUUAUUCUACUGUAAGGCAUGAAGGGGCUAACUUAGUUUUGCACUGUCAAGAUGUUACAGAUUCAUCCACUCAAGAUGCCACAGAUCAAUGUAAAUUGAUUGUACUUAAAAACUUUCAAUAAAGUGACUAAGAUUUAUUUAAA